AUGUCUGAUCAACAUUCUCUCCGUACUGAACCGUCGAAGCGCAAAGCUUGGCAAGCUUGGUCUUCCCAGCCCUAUUUCAAGCGUGGAAAUGCCGCUUCUACGGCCGCUCCCUCACUAACCCUACCGCCAAAUUCGCUUCUUGGUCUUCCCUCAGAGUUGCGACUGAUGAUCUACGCCGAAGUUGCCGGCAACGAUGAUCCCGUCAUCGAGUUCCAGCCUCUUCUGCGCAUUUGCAAGCUCAUCAAACAUGAAGUUUCGAGUGACUUGGUGAGGUGUGCAACGCAAUAUCUGCAAGAGGUCGAGAGCAACGUCAACAAUGGCACCCAAGCGCGAUUCAAAAUAGCGAAGCCUCGCAAACUGGACGCGAUUAGCUCCAUCGACCUAAUUCUACCUCUUUCAGUCUUCAUGAAGGACCCCGCCCCGGCUCUAUUCAGGCAUAGACAUGUGGAUUCCACGUACACGGCAGUCUUAGAUCAACUAAGCACAAUUCGCCGUAGGCAUCUCACCAUCAAACUGGACGAUGACCGGGAAAUCACCUCUACUCAUACUGCGCACAAGUUUCAUACAGACGCAGUUACAUGGCUUUGCUUCUACCUUCUACGAAACGGCCUAUUUGAGCGAUUCCAACCGUUAGAGACAACAAUCACGUGGGGCGUAUCUCCCUUUACCUCAAAAUUAACGAGUGGUAUCGGGAUGAGUUCAGAGUUCCUGCAAAAGAAUGCUAUUGCUUCUCCUCAUUUUCGGUACGGAGAGCGCUCAUUGACUUGGUGUGUCAAAGGCUCAGAGGAAAGUGACACAGAGUAA